AAAUUAAGUAUUAAAUUCAUAAGUAGUGCACAAAAAUUCAUUUAAAAUGGGAAAUCAACUAGUGGGAAUUGCUCCAAGUCAAAUAUUUCCUGUCGAACAUUAUUUGACAGAUCACAGUGAUUUGCUAUUUGACAUCAGUUUGGGAAGUACGAGAUUUUUCAAAGUGGCUCGUGCUCGUAGUCAAGAAGGAUUGAUUGUUGUUAAAGUAUUUGCCAUUCAUGAUCCAACUUUGCCUUUGUCUGCGUAUAAAGAUAAAUUAGAGGAAAUUAGAUCAAAAUUGGCUUCCGCUGUUAAUUGCUUAUCCUUCCAGAGAAUGAUACUUACAGAAAAAGCUGGAUUUAUAAUGAGAGAAUAUGUGAAAUAUUCUCUUUACGAUCGCAUUAGCACCAGACCAUUUUUAUCCAGUAUCGAGAAAAAAUGGAUAACUUUUCAAGUCCUUUACGCUCUUCAUCAAGCACACAAGUUCGGAGUUUGUCAUGGAGAUAUUAAAUUGGAGAACAUAAUGAUAACGAGUUGGAAUUGGGUCUUAUUAACUGACUUUGCGAGUUUUAAACCCACAUAUUUACCCGAAGAUAAUCCUGCUGACUUUUCGUAUUUUUUUGACACGUCUAGAAGAAGAACGUGUUACACAGCACCUGAACGAUUUAUUAAACUACUUACGUCUGAAGUGAGCAAUACUACACUUUUACUGCCAGAACAAGAAUUAAAAACAGGAGAUCUUAAUCCAAUGAUGGAUAUAUUUUCCGCAGGCUGUGCUUUAAUAGAACUUUACAAUGAGGGUCAUCCGCUGUUUGAUUAUUCACAGUUAUUAGCAUACCGCAACGGUGAUUAUUCAGCAAAUAAACACCUCGACAAAAUUGAGGAUGUCGGAGUUAAAGAACUUUUGGCCUCGAUGAUUGAAAAGAAUCCGACAAAAAGAAAAAGUGCCGAAAUUUAUCUUUCACAAGCACGAGGAAAUAUUUUUCCCGAAUAUUUCUACUCAUUUCUACAAUCAUACAUGUUAAUGUUUUCUGCUGCACCGAUUUUAUCGCCCGAUGAGAAAAUUAUUAGAUUAAAAAAAGACAUUGAAUAUAUCAUCAACAUAUUAAAGACGGAGGAGGAGGAGAAGAAAACGGAAAUUGAGAAAAAUGACGAAGUUAAAAGUGUGGUAAAAAUUGAAAUUAAAAGUGAUGACGAGAAUGAUAAUCAGAAUAGCAAUACUGUGAUGGAUAAUGACAGUAAUCAGAAAUUGGAGAUAGACGAAUCAAAUUCUGUUAAAUUAGAGAACCAAAGAAGUCUAAAAGACGAAGAAAGUAUAAACGAAGAACAGCAGGAAGAAGAUAGUGAAAAAUUGAAGGAUUCGACUAAAUCCGUGGACAAUUUGGAAGGAUUAGUCAUUGUUACGCAGCUUGUAACCUCAUGCAUCAGAGGUUUACAUCAUUCACAAUCGAAAUUGCAGAGUUUAGAAAUAUUAUUGGAACUUGCAAAAAAUACAUCGGAUGAAACUAUUUUGGAUCGAAUUUUGCCAUAUAUCUUUCUCUUGGUUCACGAUCCAGCGCCGAGAGUACGAGUUUCGGCAAUUCACACACUAACGAAGUGUUUGUAUCUCGUUAAAUCAAUUCCUCCAUCGGAUGUAAAUAUAUUUCCAGAAUAUAUUUUACCAGGUUUGGCUCAUCUUACGCAGGACGAGGCGGUUAUUGUCAGGGCAGCUUACGCCGAAAAUAUUGCUCAUUUAGCGCACAUUGCUCUGCGAUAUUUGGAGAAUUCACAUGUUUCGAAUUUAGGGAAUAAGGAAGGUCCCAGGCCGAGUUACGACAGUGAACUGCAAACCCUUCAAGAAAUGGUUCAGCAAUCGGUGUCAAUGUUGCUGACUGACACGCAAAAUUUAGUGAAGCAAACGCUGAUGGAAAAUGGAAUCAACAAGCUGUGCGUUUUUUUUGGUAAACAGAAAGCGAAUGAUGUUUUACUCAGUCACGUUAUAACUUUCCUCAAUGACAAGGAUGAUAAACAAUUGCGGGGAUCAUUCUUUGAAUGCAUUGUGGGUGUUGCUGCUUAUGUCGGCUGGCACAGUAGUCCAAUUUUAAUGCCACUUCUUCAGCAAGGAUUAACCGAUCCCGAGGAAUUUGUUACGAGAAAGGCUAUCAAUGCAAUGGCCACUCUCACCGAACUCGGUCUUCUUCACAAAUCAGCGCUCUAUUCGCUUUUGUCAGAAACCGUCAUUUAUUUGGUACACCCGAAUCUUUGGAUAAGACAUGCGACUGUUGGAUUCAUUUCCGCUGCAGCGAGAACGUUAAAUAUCGUCGAUGUUCAGUGUAAAGUGCAAACAAUAAUCAUGCCAUAUUUAAAACAUCCGAUCAUUCAGAUCGAAAAAGAAAUUUUACUUCUCGAAGCUCUGGUGGGUCCCAUUCCGCGAGUUGUUUACGACACUGUGAUAAAGUAUAAUGACGUAGAAGAAUUGUUUCGGACUUUUGAACAGAGGCAAAUAGCAAGAGCAAAAGCAAACACUGGAGUUGUUCCUCCUUACAAUGACAUGAGUAAUUCUUUGCGAAAUCUCUUCAGGCGUUUGAGUUCAGAAUUGAUGACGGAAACAGUUGAGGAUCAACUCAUUGUCAUGAAACCUCAUUUGAUAAAAAUAAACAAGUACCGUAAUUCAAUGGAGGCGAAGCAAGGAGUUUCGAGAUCUGCUGACGGAAAAAUCGAACUUAGUAUGAUGAAAGGGAAAUUAAGUCAUCAUAUCGUUGUUCUCUAUCCGGAUACAAAAGGUGAUUUAGGACUGUCGUCCUUUAAAAAAGUCGACCGCAAAACAACCGACAAUUCCGCAUCCUAUGCCUCAAUGAAUCAAGAAUGGAGAACAAUGUUUUCAACUCAAGACAGUGUUCAGCACACAAUUGUAAAAAUUCCGGAAAUGACUGGAAGUACGGGAAGUCCGAGUCAAAGUAUUCAUGGAGGUGAUAUUCAUUUAUCGCCGCAGCACAGUUUAGCGGAUAUAAACAGUAUAAAUGAUCAUUCACUGCAUGAACGAUCAUACAUUCAAUUUGCAACGCUUUAUGGUUUCGCAGACAGGUGCGCUCCGUGUAGAUUGGAAUUAAGACAACUGACGUACAGAAAGCAGGAGCAACAUGCUGCGGCUAUGAGGGCACAGCAUUGGGCAGAUAAUAUCGCCUGGCAAAAUGGUUCGAGAUUACUUCCUAAUGGAUGGAGACCACGUGGAGCUCUUGUGGCACAUCUUCACGAACAUAGAGCGGCGAUUAAUCGACUGGUGUCAAUUCCAGACACAAGUUUGUUUGGAAGCAGUGCGGCUGAUGGAUGCGUACGAAUUUGGGAUGCAAGCAAAAUGGAAGGCAGAAAUAUAGUCAACCGAUCAAGACAAACUUACAUUCAUCGAGGCGGUCCUUUAGUUGGAUUGACAGUUUGCGAACAAGGACAAUCUUUAGCGAGUUCAGCUACUCAAUCGGGGACUGUUUUUGUUCUUCGAAUUGAAUCAAAUUCAAAUAAAAUGUCCGUCACUCACAGUCGUCAACUGGACCUUCAGGAGGAAGGUUGCGCUGUUGACAUUCAAUAUUUGGAUUCUGGAUCGCAGUCGGUUCUCGUUUACGCGUCUCUCUAUGGUUUCCUUGUCGGAUGGGAUUUACGAUGUCCGGGAACUGUUUGGAAAUUGGAAAACGAUUUAAAGCACGGCGUGAUAACCUCCUUUUGUGUGAACAAUUAUCAACAAUGGCUAACACUUGGUACAAGUUCAGGAGUUCACAUUUGCUGGGAUUUGAGGUUUCAACUUCCAAUCAGUAUUAUAAAGCAUCCCACAGGCGCCAGAGUUCGAAAAGUUAUAACUCAUCCAACAGAGCACUCGUGGAUUAUUUCGGCGGUUCAAGGAAACAAUGAAAUAUCAAUGUGGAAUCUGGAGACUGGCUUUCGACAAAUGGUUCUUUGGGCUUCGAGUGCGCCACCUUUGAGUCAUCUACAAGGAGGUCACAAUGUUUGUGCUAUGCACUCGGGAUCUAUAGAUCGAUCAGGAUUUUUAUUAGCCAGCGGCACAGACAUGAGAUUGAGAUACUGGAAUCUUAAUAAUCCCAAUGAAUCGUACGUUGCUUUGCCAGCCGCGAAUGAUGUUAUACCUCCAAAUUCAUUAGCUUACGAACAGAGAUUAAUCGACGGAACAAACGUAGUACAAGAAGUGCUGGCUGGAGGUGUUCCUCUACCAUCGUCGGGCGGAAGCGGAAUGAGAGGAAGAAACACGGAAGAAGGAGGCCAGGGCCCGGAGACACCGCCGUCAGGUCAUCACGAUACAAUUUCUGCAGUUGCCAUGUCAAAUACAUGUAUCCUCACUGGCAGUACUGAUGGUCUCAUUCAAGUUUGGAAAUGAUUUUUAAUUCAAUUUUCAUUCUCGACAAUUAGUCGGAGAGUACUUACACAGUGGCUACGUAUGUAUUCAUUAUUAUUUAUUUUCCAUUCAUCGACUGUAAAAUUCAAGCACUCAAAAAGUCUUCCCAGAGGUAUGUAUAAUGGCUUUUAAGUGCUGAACAUAAAUGCUGUGAUUAUUUAUCAAUUGUAAAUAAUAAUAAUAAUAUACCUAAGAUUAUAUUGACGUAACUGAACAAAUCUUCAAAUUUUCGGGGAGAAUUUUGUCAAGCAAUAAUUUACUGUCUAUCAUAAAUUAAUUAUUUCUAUUUAUCAUUAUAAAUUAGGUUUAUAAUGAAGUAGUAAAUUUUUUAACAUGAGUAUAUUUAAAAACAAAGCAUCCAGUCUUUUUUCGUAUUUAAUUACGAAUGAAUUUUUAGAUUUUUAAUAAUAAUAAUUAUUAUUCUUUCCAGUAGAUUUUGCAAUAAAUUCUAUUAAUUUUGUUUAAUAGUUUAUUUAACAAAUAUUUAAAUAGAUUCUCGGAUUCGAUUAGAUUAGGAAAAAUAAAUAGAUUCUUGUAAAUUUUUAAUAAGAGAAAAAGAGUAUAAUUGAGUAAAAAAUGAUCUUAUCGAUAUUUACAAUUGUUGGCUUGAUUUUUUUGAAUUAUUCGAGUUGCUUACAAAUGAAAAAUGUACUUUUACCAGAUUGUUUUAUAGAUAUUCCAGUGAUGAAAUUUAAUUAUCCUAAUUGUGUCAAAGCAUCCUUGAUUUACUUGUUUUUUUUCCUUUUUUUUUGGCUUGGCGUGUAAAUAAUCAUUGGUAGACUGUAGAAUCAUUGCACGAGAGUAUACAUAAUUACAUAUAUGUAAAUUCAUUUUACAUUCAAGGAACUGUCACACGACGACUGAUAAUAAUAUACUCAAGAGUAAAUAACUACAUUCUGUACAAAAUUGUUACAAUAAAUAAUUAUUUUUCAAAAAAGAAAAUUGCUUUUCAUACUUUUAGGUCUAAUGUUACUGUGUUAGUAAAAUUGGAAUUUUCAGAAAAAAAUUUUUAUGGAAAAAUAAUAUACAAGUACAUAUACAAAAAUAUUUUUAAAAAAAACUCUUUUACAAUACUAAGAAAAAAAAUACAAAUUUUCGUAUAAAAUAAUGAUUAAAAGUAAACAGUAAUUUAAAAAAACUUAAUUAUUAUUUCGUUAUUUUACAGAUUUUUGGAAUUUUUCGCUUAUAAAAUAUUUUGCUUAAUUGUAUUUUUCCCUACCAGGGACAAACUGGUGCUGAAGGAUAGGGAACUCGACCUGGAUAUGCAAAACUGUCUGGAUUUAUUGUU